AUGCCAGUUUUACUAAUGACCUGGUAUUUGGAACUUAUCCAUGUGGAUAAGACACUAACAAGUGCUGGUAAAAACCUGCAAGACAAUUUUCUGAAGGCCCUGGCAGCAAGAGAAGAAGACAAUCGGAAUGGAAAACUAAGUUCUGUGAUUUUUAUUCGUGACAGAAAUACUCAUGGGCAGGAGGUGUCAGGAUACAUCGACUAUGCUCAUAGGCUAAAGACUGAAGAUUUUGAGGUCUACUUUAGUGGGAAAAAAAGACUUCUUCCAAAGCUCACAGACCUGAGCUUUUACAACUGGGACAGUCAUGUUGCUGUUUGGAAUCCAAGUCCCAAUUAUCAAGUGAUUACUGAUAAUCCAGAAGGCUUACUUUUCAAAUACAAAAGAGACAGAAAAAUUCUUAAUGUGGACCCCAAGGCUCAACCAGGUGACAACUCUACUAGAACAUCUAUACAAACAGACCUCUACAUACAAGCUGUCAUUUUUGACCACAUUUCCAGAAGAAAGACCUAG